CAAAGAUGGCUGCAAUACUUCCUGUCUAGGGCUUUUACCCGCAACAAAGAUGGCGUUUACGGCACAGGUUCCCUAACAGGCUGGAUUCCGGUUGUAGUCUUUUAUUUAUUUAUUUAUUUUAAAGAUACGUGGUCGCAGACGGAGGGAUGGAUGCCAGAGACAAGCAAGUGCUCCGCUCACUGCGUCUGGAGCUGGGUGCGGAGGUACUGGUGGAUGGACUGGUUCUUCAGUACCUUUACCAGGAAGGAGUUUUGACAGAAAACCACCUUCAAGAAAUCAAAGCUCAGACCACAGGCCUCCGCAAGACCAUGCUGCUGCUGGACAUCCUGCCUUCCAGGGGCCCCAGAGCGUUUGAUACCUUCCUAGAUUCCCUCCAGGAGUUUCCCUGGGUGAGAGAGAAGCUGGAGAAGGCGAGAGAUGAAGCCACAGCUGAGCUGCCUACAGGUGACUGGCUGGCUGGCAUCCCCUCACACAUCCUCAACAGCUCCCCGUCAGAUCGGCAGAUUAACCAGCUGGCCCAGAAGCUGGGCCCGGAGUGGGAGCCCGUGGUGCUGUCCCUGGGCCUGUCCCAGGCCGACAUCUACCGCUGCAAGGCCAACCAUCCCCACAACGUGCAGUCUCAGGUGGUGGAGGCCUUCGUGCGCUGGCGCCAGCGCUACGGGAAGCAGGCCACCUUCCUCAGCCUACGCCAGGGCCUCCAGGCCGUGGAGGCAGACCCCUCGCUGCUCCAGCACAUGCUGGAGUGACCUACCCCUGCCACUUGCAGGGCCGUGGGUCCCCACAUCACAGAGGCUGAACCGGACUUGACUCGCCCGCGGCUUUGCUCCUUUCAGGGAUUGUUAGAUGGAAGGAGAACACAUGGAUUCUACUCAAGAUUACACACAUUUCCCACACUGGCUCAACAAUCCGUUGGUGUUAAUUGCUUGAAGACUGCAUUGUUGUGCCUGCAGUUUUGAACUGCGUGAUUGCCUUUUAACAGAAGUCCAGAAAAAAAAAUGCUAUCACAGUGAUGCAGGUAUCCUGCGCACAAAGCAUCCAUUCUGAUGUUGCCUGGAAACUGGACUGUGGACUUAGCUCUUCAUAAUGAUGAUGAUAAUAAAAAGUGAAUUGUGGUAUA